UAAUUGAAUCAGAAAAUUUUUACCUUUCACUCAGUAAAUCGUUGUUGGCUUGACUUUGUUGCUAUAACAAAGCCUAGAUGUGAUCCAUGAUGCAGCCUGCAGUCCUUCUGAUCAACCAGUGAGAGGUCCCGGCUACAGCAGCUUCCUCCAGCCAUGAAGAACAGUUUUGGCCAUGGAAAUCAAGGUAUGGAGGGAAGGAUGUGUAACAAGUGUUUCAGUCUUAGACAGGACAAGACAGAGUCAAGGUCUGGCCUUUGUCUAUAAUCUAGAGUAAGGAACUGGAAGCACUCCCACUUCCAUGGUUUAAUGCAGCCAGCUGAGAUUUACUGAGAGACAUAAUGACCACAAUCUAUGUUUGUCUGAGUGAGAGAUCAGUACUGAAGUUCUGAACUGAAUGGUUCUAAACAGCAAAAUUUCUGUGGCCUCCAUAUCUGGGGAGAAAUCAGAUUUAUAAUUUCAGAUUUCUCAUACACUUGUUCCUCACUUUGCUAAAAGAGGAAAAAUGUAAAGCAUUAGGAUCACUGUCAGCUCUACUGGGCAAAUGUUUAGAAAAAAGGAUAUUAUGCUUUAUAAACAUGCUUGCCUUUUAUUUUUUCUUUUGUUUUUUUUUUUUUUUUUUGUUUUAAGUCUUCUAUUAUAUCUAGCCUUCAAGAAGAAAACAACUACAUUUACCACCAUAUUGUUAACAGUGGAAUUAUCCACCUGUAGGGACUGUUAAUUGUAGAAAGAAAUUCUUCCUAAAGGAAAUAACAGUAUUUCAUGAAGAAGAUAAUAUGUUCUAAAUGAAGAAAAAAUCCUGAAUUUAAACCUAAAAGAAAAACAGUAUGUGCAAGUAACAGCGCUGAGCUUCCUAUCUUAGGUUAUGCCAGUACAGUGUAAUCAAAGAUGACCUGUAAGUAGUUAAGACAUUUUCAGUCACCUCAUCUCUUAGUCUUUGAAUCAAGAGGUAUCUUGUAUCACAAAAGUGUGUUCAGAAUGAGACUUAGGCAACUAAACUGAAAGUAGAGAUUGGAAAAGCAAUCACAGAAAAAGCCUUCUGUCCUUCACCAAAUCUGACAUCUUUAAAUGUCCUUAAGACUCCAAAUUUCCAUGUAUGCUGAUGUGCUCUCCGUGUAGGCAGAGGGCAAUCAAUUAGGAGAAAGGCACCAUGGGCCAGGGAAAGGCUUGGUGCUAUAGUGCAUUUUUAGAGUGCAGUCAGACCCGUCUGUUCACCAAAUGGCAGCUGCCAUUUCUACUAAAAUAUGUACUUCCAGGUGGGGAGAUGCAGAGUGACCUUGUUAUUCAACUGCCUGUUGAUUACAACACGGGAACCAGAGGGAGAAAUAUUCUUCAUGGAAUCAGAGAAUAAUUUUGGUUGGAAGACACAUUUAAGAUCAGAAAAGACCAUUAACCUAACACUGUCAGGUCCACCUCUAAACCAUGUCCCUAAGAACCUCAUCUUUUAACAAGCAAGCUCUUAGAGCAGUGAGGAGUUUAGAUGGUGUAGUUUCCUUCCCAUCCCCCUUCUCUUCUCAGGGCUACUCCCUAAGAAAAGGCAGCCAAGGAGAGUGUGUGCCCACAUCAUAGGUCACUGUCUGCCCCUUAAGGGGCUGUUUGUUUGCCUUUGAGCAGCAGCCCUGCAGAAAGUCAGGAGGGACAUGGCAGAUGGCAUGGGGUGCUGCACGCUCCUCAGGCAACUGUUCCUCUUUGCCUCAGCAUGUGCCAGAGCCCUUGGGUGCAAUGUGGAAUCUGCCUUCUUCAUCUCAGGAGGCUGCUGCGAAUGGCAGCACUUUUUGGCCUCCUCCUGAGUUUGUGCUGCCAUCGAGAGGAGGAAGCAGAUUUGCUGAGGUGGGAGAGACUGAUUAAGGUACAAGUUUCUGUAACCCAGCAGGCAAGGCACUCAUCUGGGGAGGCAUAAUCCUGAGCUAGGGUCCCCUUUCCAAAGAGAAAAAUGGCGAGAUGUGAGCAAGGUCUCAUUUAUGUGCAGCUUAAAUGACAUUUUACUAUGACGUACUGGACUUUUGCACUUCCCUGUGGUAGUAAAUUACGCUCCUCAUGGCAAUAGAUGUAAUUGCUUUGCACUAAAUUAUAUUAACUAUUUCAGAUGGUUUGUUCUACUUCAUGCUUGGAAUGACAGAGUUGAAUUAUUUUCUGCAGUAUGUACAUCAAAAGAGAAGAAAAUUCCUGCUGAUUGAGAAUUUUGUAUUUUAAUGUCUUGCUCAGAACAUUUAAAUCUUAUCUAUUUUCAGAGCUGUUUCUGUUGUAAUUUGUGCCUGUAUCCAAGUCUACUUUAGAAACUGGGCAUACUCACUUUAAGGAAAGGGUAAGAUAGUUAGACUUCAAAGUUUUGGCCAAUGUGGGGAACACAGAGAAAAAGUGAAUCUUCAGGUGAUGAAUGAGCUCAAGGUAAAACACAACUGAAAAGAAAGAAGAGAAAGUAAUUGGGGCUUUGAACAGAAACUAGCAAGGAAAAGCAGAGAGUCAGAGCAGUCUGUAAAGGGUGUAGAAACAGCUGAGCUGCCUGAAUGUAAUGGCUUACACAUGCAGGUCAGGUUAACACAGACACAUGAAGCAGAUUUAAUAGAGAGGCCAGAACUUUAUUUUUACACAAGCAUUGUAUCUAAGCAUUCCAAAAGCCUCUUGACUAACUGUCCUUUGCCAAUUUAUUCUUACUUAUUUCUUUCUCUUAGGAAGCUUUUUAUUUCCUGAGAGCUAUUGUAGUUGAACAAUCCAAGAUACUCUGAAAUAUGAAAAAAAUGCUGUUAGACAUAGGGUGUUACUAAUAAUACUUUUAAUGGAGGACCAUUCACAUUUCUGUAAGAGGGCCCAUGUAACAAAGGCACAUCAUGUCUGUGCCUAAUUCAAUGUUCCAGCAUCUUCUAAAACAGCAUCUGGCCUCUAGAUCUCAGAUCCAAAUUGUCCAGUCCAAAAACCUGAGCAAACCUGUCAGUUCACUGUAUAAGAUGAGCCAUGAAGUACUGGGCUCUCAAGGGAUGAGAUGAGCCCAGUGUCUUCUGUGCCUCCCUCCUCCUUGAACUCCCACAUUGAAUCUGUACAUCACUGGCAUUCUCAAGGCUAAAGGAGCAUAUGUACACCUGUACAAGAUUGUACAUACUGGAACAUCCAUAGCUUCAUGAAUGUCUUCUUCCCAGCUCUCAGAGAAACUUUACUUCAUCUGCUGUCCUGAAACGAAGAUGAAGCAUCUGUUAAACCAUUAUCCAGACAUGGCACAUGCACUAUUUUAAAAAUAAUGUUAUGGCACAAGCAGUGGAGUGCAGAAGUCAUCACAAACUAUGGUGCCCAUGGGGCUUUAGCCAUCUGCUUGCUAAUUAUGUAUACCACAGCCUGGCUGUUGCACAGAAAACAAACAUUGCUGCUGGCAGCUUUGUCCUGCCAUGUAAUUACUGUAUCAGAUGCAGGCAGAAUUCCAGGAAAGUUAUGCCUUUUUCUGCCUGUUUCUGUUGCCACUUUUGCGUGUUCCCCCUUUAGAAGAUAUACCUACUCUUUCUGCCACCUUCUACUUCCUUCUAACCUGUUUGCAUCUGGCUUUCCCAGCCUGUGCUAAUCUCUCUCUGACAGUGAAAGUACAUCACUUUACCCAAUACGUGCUUCCUAUGCCACAAGAACUCUGCUCAUGUUAAGAUGAUGUUGAUACAGCAGUGGAGUAUUUAACAUCUUUGCUGCAACCUUUCAUAAAAUUCACCUCUUUAUAAAGCAGAUAUAUUCACUGCCUUGGCAAAUGAAGCUGUUUUUCUUUGUCUCAGUUGAGAUCUCAAGAGGUGGCAGUUCAUUCAGAGAAUUCAGGGCAUACUCCUCUGGUGGCCAAAUCUCUAAGAAAUAAAGGACAUGCUUCCAUCAGCAUCUUCCUUCCUCCCCACUCCUUCUCCCUGUAUGUGAAUAGCUCUCCCCUGUGCCCAAAGAGUUGUCAAUAGGGGACAGUAGUCCACUGUGUUCAGCUAUUACAGACAGACAUGAGAAGAACCAGCCUGUGAGAAUGAGCAUUGCUGCCCCCAGACCACAGGCUGGUUGGGCCCUGUGUUGCACUGCCGGGUAGUGAUGCUGUUGCACAGGCACACAAAUGUCAUUACUUUAUUAAUGCAGAUUCGGGUAUUCAGGUGCUAUCACAGACAGCAACUUAAAACAAGUUGAGUGUCUAAACUGCUCUGUGCCUCAGGGGAAAGACUAUAUGGACAUCAUUCCUAGAUUUAUGUAUAUUAAGAAAAUCUACCAAGUGUCAUAAUAUUAUUUGGUUUUAAAUGAUAUAUGAAAAUUAUAAACACAUCUGUAUGAGUUAUACACAUGCCUUCAGACUCUGCUUAAUAAUUCCUGCAGGCAGACGAGUUGUUUCUUUUUCAUUGUCCUUCAAAGGUAUUAUGUUUGUCACAUCCCGUAGCUUCUACUGGUUCUGUUGUAUCAUGUGUCCUUAUUUAUGGAUUAAUACACACACCAAAUUGAGCUCUAAUGUCCUCCCCUUAGAGCUCCAUGAGGUUCAUUUUGUCCUACAGAGUGGCCAUCAGGAGAGCUUGAGUAUGUUAUGGAGUCUAUUCCACUACACAGUAAAGAGUCUGAGAUGCUUCUGUCUUCGAUGCUGGCCACAUUUAAUUACCUUUGAAAAACUGAUUAGAGAGCACCCUUUUAUUCCCCGGCUAUUUCUCUAGUAAAGACCCUUUUGUUGCUUUGAUACUAAUAAAUUAAGUUAUAUCAGGAAAUUAUCAUGAUCUGUGUUACGAUUAUCCCUAAGGUAAAAUAGUGAAAAUUGUCUCUGACAUGAUUUUGCCCCAGGCCAGCCAAUGGUCUGCUGAGUAGCCCCUAGGCACAGCUGAAAAAUUAGCAUGGCCAGGCCCUGUUUUCUACAGGCAGUUUAGCUACACUCAUCUUGGUUUGAAUAGUGGAUGCCCAAUGGUACAUAUGAAAGCUGUAGUGUCUCUCGUGAAUUUAAUUUACUCUACAGAAGCAGUUUUCCAUUCCAGAGAUUCCAGUGUUCAAAUGCAAACUCCACCAUACGGCCUUGGUACCUUGUACCCGAGGAAGGCACCCGUGUCUUCUGUGCAUGCCUUUUGGAUGAGAAGACUUUCUUUGAUCCUUGAUGACAUUACUGAAAAACAGAAAGAAAACCUGAGACCAGAAUGCUUCAAAAUUAUACAGUACAAAACAUGGUAUGGACUUAGAGCACUUAUGUUUCAAUUAGACAUGUUUUUUGAGUGCAUUCAGCAGUGCAACGAAAUAAGGUUACAACUCUUUUGGAGGGCACAUAUUCCCACUGUGCUACUGAAAACGUCUACAAAAGUUGCUUCCCGUCAAAGGACAUUUCUCUCAAGUGUUAAUUUCUUCUUAACACACAAAUUUCAUUUUCCAGAUGGAAACUGUGAUCCUCUCAGAAGGCAAACAAUUCUACUGUCAAAUACCAUUGUUCUGACUAGUGCACAGAUUUGUUUUUCUGUCAGCCAAGAAAGGGCUGCCUUGUGCAUCGGGGAUCAACUGCAUAACUGAAGAAAUAAGGGGUCCACUGUUAGGAAAAACAAAUAUUUUCUGACUGUGAUACCCAUAGCAACACACAAAAAUGUCCAGGUGGUUUACAGCAACAUACACGAGCUGACCUGCUGAGCAAGACCUCAUCCCAGACUGCCCAUAAUUAACUGUUUACAUACCAUGUGCUAAAAUAGUGCUUAGAAAAUCAGUCAGCGGGGUGGUCGCUGACGGGGCUGCCCAGCUGGAGCUCCUUGCCGCCGCAGUGCAGCAGGGCCGGGUAGCCGGGCAGGAGCACGGGCUGGGGAGAGUGGGAGGGCAACAUGUAGGUGUUAGAUACCAGUCUGAAAGAGGUGUGACCCGAAGAUGCAGGCACAAAUUGGGUGUUCUUUCAGUCCAGUCUUGGAUUUGUGCUCCUUCUCGCACAGAGCUGCUACUACAGUACUGGUCACCAGUACCCAAGGAAAUUGUGUGUGAGAACAUGGAAUAUGGCAUACCUGAGGGGCCAGGGCCCUGGCCAGAAAGCUUUCUUCCUUCUCUUUUUUUCCUCACUGCACACCCUUGUUUAAAUUUUUUAUUGUAUUUUUGCUCCUUGCAAGUUAAGUUUUAUUUCACAGUCAAGGUUGUUUAACUCCAGUACAGCUCACAGGUAUUGUAUCUAUUUUUACCUUUUUCUGCAGAAUUGAAAACUUGCUCCCUAUAGGUUUUGUUUUUUUUUUCCCCAAGUGUAGAUACUUGACUGCAUCAGAUGUCACUCUUCAGCUUUUCUUCACCGAACCGAAUACUUUCACUGCUUUAAACGUCACAUUCUUACAGCUUCCUCACAGUCUCCAGACCUCAGAUGUGGACAUGAUGACCUUUAAGUAGCGCUAUCUAUUCCACACAUUGACACCAGAUCAAUUUUAAUUUUUUUAAAUUUCCAUUAACAUCUCAGGGACACACGUUAUUUUCUAUUGUCAGAACAUUAACCUGAACAGUCUGUUGAGAAUCAGUGAUGAUUCCUUUAUAUCUUUUUUUUCAUCCUGAGUCACAGCAUUUCAAGAUUCUCUUAUCAUGUGCAUACUAUCUUCCUAAGACACCACCUACUAUUUGUUUGCAUUGUGUUAGAUUUCUCAGUCUAUCACAGUUUCCAUUAUUAAUUUUGCCUCAAUUUAGAUGUGAAUACUUCAGUGAAAAAUGAGUUCCUUUUUGUGUCUAUGUAAUUUCGUAUAUAUAUAUAUAUAUUUAUAUAUAUAUAUAUAUACACACCCAUACAAAUGUACACGCACACACAUACUCUUCCUUGUUCCUUCAGCUAUUUGGUAACCUCUGCUUAACUGUUUACAAAGGGUUGAUUCUCAUUAUUUUUCAUUUAAAUAUAAUGCGUUUUCUUCUUGUUAUUAGUUACUGUUCAGUGCUGCGUGCUUGAUAAUUCCCAUGUGCCCUUUUCAUCUAGAAGUUUCAACAUUAAAAUGAGAAAGUUGUAACAUCACUUGUUUGUUCAGUCUGUGAGAUUUCUAAAACAUACUUUCUCUAGCUACAGAAUGCUUCAAACUCAGCAGGGCAUUAAAAAUAACAGCUCGAGAUUUGUGAAACAUGGCCAUGACGUCAAAUAGCCAAGAUGUUUUUAUUACUCAGUCAUAAGGCUCACUUGAACACUAAAUGUCCCAGAGAGUAGUGCUAUGUGACCUCUUAAUAUUGGCGCUCAUGAAGGAUGUUUCAUUUAACUUCUUCAGAUCAUUUACUUUCCUGAUUUGUGACAGACUAAUGGAAAUUUGGAGAUUAAUUUCAGAAGCAUACUCAUUUGCCUGAGUGAAUAUGAACUUGGAUGAAAACAGUUCAAGAAUAUCUCAUUAGGUUUAAAAUGUGUUUUUCAAUUAACAAAAUGUGUCUAUAAUGUAGGAUGUGUCUACUGAACAAUUCAUCUAAUGAACUGGUAGCCAUCUUGAGAGAUUCUUUAUUACUUGUUUUGGUGAACAGAGUCUAAUUUUUCACUGACUGUUUGUUUCCCUUUACUACCUCUUUCUCCAAACUGACAAUCCCACCUCUGAAAUUAUUUCUUACAGUGUUAAUAUCUAACGUUGCCUUUAUCUUUGAAUUAAUUUAAAAAAAAAAAAACAAAAAUUGCAAAGUCAGUGUCACGCUUGGGAAAACGGAAACUACCAGGCAAUUCACUAAAGUAGACCAGCAGAAACCAUUUAAGUGUGAAGAUGAAUUCAAAUGCUGCUACUCCAAGUUUAUUGGAACAUUUGAGCCCACACAGAGACUCCCACAUCACAACCUUGACAACUGCAAUGUCUAUUUUUCGGAAAGUAUCCAGGCUAGAAAAACCCAGGCUUUUUGGACAGUAUUGGUCUGAUUCCUGGUUCCUACAGCUAUCAAGGAGAUCCUUAUGUGACAGAUCCAUAGUUCCAACCAUGGAAAUAUUAAAAGAAAAUUUCACUAAUUGCAAAGUACUACAGAAAGAGGACAGGAACAUCUUCCAUCCGUGGACACUUUGAGUAUGGCAAUGAGUCACUGUCAGUAUUGGCAUCUUCUGAUUUCAUUUUUGGAAUCUUAAAUCCUCUCGAGGAUUGGUCACUAACAAUGCUGAGAGCCCCAUUGACAGCAGAGAGAAUAUUAAAAUUGGUCUGGUGUAAUUGUAUUAUGUGGUCAUUGUUUUUAUUUGCCUAACUCAAUUUCUGUUUUCUGCUCAGUGACAAAAGAUCAUGCUUGUUAUUUUGCUAUUAUUUGAUCAGCUUUAUGGCUACAUGACAUAUGAUCUAUCUACCAUUCUUAAAUCAAUCCAAGACAAACUUCAUUAUAUGAUACCAUCAUAGUCUUUACAGGAAGGCAAUGCAUAGUUAGAAGGCAGAAAUCUUACCAUUAAGCUUGCCCUUAAAAUGGUCUGUCUGAAAGAGACUGAGUUGGAUCUGAAAUCAGUGCUUUAUCAAGAUGAAAGAUUAAUUUUCUGCCUCCUUUUAAAAAGAAAAGUCCUUGCAAUUUGAGCCACCGAAUUUCAGACCUUCUAUAGACCUUAAAAAUGUUCCCCCAUUCCACAUUCUUCCACAUAAAUCAUCAUUUGCUCUUUAGUUAAGGCAGAGUUUUCAAGCAGUGAUAUACAGGGUUGGCAUGAAUUCAGACACAAGAAAUUGAGUGAACUCUCCUCUGCAGCUGAAUUUACCUUUACAGAGUCUUGUUCUGCAUUUAUUAAAAAGAAAAAUAAACCACAGCACAUUAAAAAUAUUUUUAGGGACACUUCUUGUAAUAUGAGUUUUAAAUAUUGUUUGCUUGCAUGACAUACGUCAAUUUGGGUUUAAAUCAACAUUUUAUCAAGAUAAUGUCAUGGUCUAUAGCUUUAUUCAGUUAAUAUUAAUCAAAUUUCAGUAAUCCCAGUUGUUUACAUGUUAUAUUCCAUCUGUUUUGGAGAACUCAUGUAAAAUUUUUACCACAGCUCUUGACGGAAAUUGCUCCACAGUGUAGUCAUGUGUUGUCUAAACAAUUGCAUUAUUUUUCUUGUUUUCAACCUGCCACCUACUUGACCCUUAGUCCUGUACUGGAACAGACAGUGAAUGAUGGUUGUCUCUUCACCCUCUUCAUCCCAUUGCUGGUUUCAGACACCUCUGCAAGGUCAUUAACCAAAGAGAAUAAUAGCAAAAAAAUAGUUUGUAAUAAAAUGACUUUAAUUCCAGAAAAAAACUAAGUGCUUAAAGUGGCUAGAAGUCAUAGUAUUGAUGAAACCCAGCUAAAGUGAUCUCUCCUAGUAAACUGUUUUUCUUUCACCUUUUUCUUGCAUUUUUUGACUUGGUGACAUUUUGCUGAACUAACUAGAAUGAGAUCAAUUGCUGUUUGUAUGAUGUUAAACUGGAACUUCAGAAACUUCAUUGUUUCUGUUGGAGUGUUGUGCAGCUAUGUGUACUUUUUGCUUCUCCUCUUGCAAAAAUGUGUUCUUGGAACUUUAAUAGCCAAGAGAUCAAAGGCAAAUUUUUCCAGUAUAGAUUAGACAUCCACAGUAACAGAGUGUCUUUCACACCAUGCUAGAGCCCAGGAUUCCCACCAAAUACUACAAAACAGUGUAAUCUGCUAUCAAAAAUAGUUCCUGCAGCUGCACAGAUAUAUUUUGGAGGCCUGUCAUUCUAAUCCAAUACCUGUAAGAACUGAUGAUGCCUCAGAGAGCCUGGUAGGUCUGCAGGCUGUUACAGUGCAAACGUAAGACAUGUUCUGAGGUAAUAGAAAUGCGUCUGUUCCCUGUAUCAUACAUCAGUUGCAAUUGCAUAAUAUUUUAAGUAUGGGUUAUUUUUUCUGAAUACCAUAGUAGGUCUGCAGAAAUUCAUAUGUGUGAGUAAUCUGAAAUUCUAUUGCUUUGGGAUAUUUUAUUGAAGAUAAUUUAUCUUUUUAUCAAUGCCUCAAAGAUUUACUUUAUAUGUCUUUGACUUUUAAGAAUACAGAUGCAGUACUGUUCUUCAUCUGCAGAUUCAAAUCUUGGGAAUAUAACAAAUUGAAUGAGUCACUCAUUAUAAAACUUAAUAAUAUGGUUAACUGUUCACUGCUCCUUUUCUCAAGAGUGCUGUUGAACAUAAGGGUUGUUUUAUACUUGUCGUGUACUCCAUGUUUAGACAGUCAUUGAUCUGUGCAGUUUCACUGCUGGACAGAAAGACCUGACACCCUUUCUGCAGAAAGAAUGGCUGAAGAAAGGUAGCUCACAGAAAACCCAGAACAAAGAAGAUACAUUCAGCAAGAUAUUUAUCCACAGUAUCUGCACUGACAUGUAGGUAAUAUAUGAAUCUCGGAUUAAAAUAAUUUAGGUCGUUCUUGAGCCACUAAAUUUGCCCUCUUUAUUCUCUUCCAGCAGAUUUCAGUAACAGGGUUGUGAAUGAGCUCCAGUAAGAAUGGAAAUACAACUGCAUCUGUCUCAUCAGUCCAGUGUAAUUAAGACUUCCCACACCUUCUCUGUAAAACUGUGUUUGAGGGUCAUCAGGGAGUUAAACUUUUAUACUCAAAUUAAAAUCACGAAAACACAAAUUAGAUACUGCCAUUCAAAUUUUCAUCACAGAUCAACUUACUGCAUGUAACCAUCUAAAUUCCACUGUUGACAAAUACUCCAACUGAAACCAAUGGGCAAAGGUCCUCAUCUAAACGAAGUCUGAUGUAAGUAAGAUCUUUUUUAACUAAAUGGAUGCUUUGAAUUUUUUGUCUGUGAAACUGCAAAGUCAACCAGAUCUGUUUUUCACUUUAAGAAAGCCUCUCAACUCUCAGAAAUGAAACCUGUGAUAUUUGAGAAGUGUAGGAAAGGAUCUAGGUGGAAGCUUCUUGUUCUAUUAGGUGUUUGAAAUGGAUCUGCUUUUCUCAAUGCUUUCCUGUGCCCUGUAAGAAGUCAGACUUCUUUGUGUUUUCUUAUGUAAGGAAACACUUUAAAAGCUUUGAAAUUUUGAAUGGGCCUAGAGAGGUAUUGCAAGUUUGAUUUCUUGUCUGCAAACUUAAAUACCCCAACCAAGGGAUAUAAACCUCCUUUUCCAAUAGAGGGCUGUUUCCCUUGUGUCUCUGCUUACUUUUCACUCAUGUUCACUCACCUUUGCAGGGGACAGGAUUAUGGAUGAUAUUCCUGAGCUGAAGUUUGCUAUAAAAAUAAUAAAAAAUAAUAAUCUUGAGUUUUAUCUCCAGUUAGUUCACCUGCUUGGAAGUUUUGUUUCACUACCAUAUACCAGAGUCACCAGCUCCAUGACGCUCUCUGCUACCCAACCCCUUCUUUAUUGACCACCUAUGGCAGACAUCAAAACACUGAUCUUUGGCUCCACCUUGUGACCCCCUGUCGAGACUAGCAAGGUGAAAAGAGGGAAUCCUCAGAUUGUGCUUUCUCUGCCUGUAUAGCAAUGGAAAAAAACAAAAACAAAAAACAAAACAAAACAAAACAAAACAAACAAAAAAAAAAGACACACAUAAAACACAGAUUCUUUAGGUCAAAAUACUGACUUUAGAAGAAGCAGAGAGGUUGAAAAGUGUAAUUAAAUAAAACUAGGUAGACUCAGGACUGUGAAAUAAAUUAUCUAAGAGAAAAAACCCAAAUCAAAAGUGUUGCAAGGAAGUUGAUGGGCAAUCUGUUGGUUAUCAUCUGAGUUUAAAAAUGUCAUCUUGCUAAAGUGCCAAUGCUAAACCACUUAAAAUAGGACACUAAGUUUCCUUCUUUGUCAAAUACAUUGAAAAAGAGAACUAGUGAGAAGUGUACUCAGAAGUUAUUGCAUGAUGUCUGAGCAUUUGUCUUUAGCAUAUACAUGAGAACAAUUCUGAUAUCAGAACUGACUACAUAGGGUAGCUCUUCAUUCGUAGCAGGACAAAAAUAAACAAGUCAAGCAUUAACGUCAUUUUCUGCUUUGUGGGAACAUACCGUGGCCAAAAAGAUUUCGAAAUUAUUUGCACUUUCAAAGCUUGAGUGAGUACCAGUGCAUAAAGCUGACAGCAUAAGCUGGGCCCCUGGAAAGUACUUCACUUUCAUAUUUCAGAACAGUUACUGCCAUCAAUAAAGUACAGAACUGUGGAAGAUAAUCUCCUGAGCAGACAAAAGGUCAGACUAUAAAACUUUUGCUUGCCAUUUUCCAAAAGAAAUUCAUCAUAUUAACUCAUGAAAUGUAAAAACAAGGUUAGUUUUCACAUUGAGUUUCUAUGGGCAAUAUUGCUCCCCUGAAUUUUUAGAGUUCAUUUAUUAAUUAUUGAUUUUUUUUAUGUUGAUUGAAUAUAGAGCUAAAAAUAUUUUAAAUCUCCAAUCAGCGUAGUACAUGUACUUGGAUAGUUUAUAUACCUGCACUGCUAUAAUAACUACCAGAAAACGAGUGCACUGAAAUGGAGAAUGCAGCUCACAUUUACCAUGUGAGCAUAUUCUUUGUGCUGCUUGGAUACCAGAGUUAUACAUGGAUAGAGGGGUGUGAUCCAUUUUAUUAUUAGUUUGACAAGUUUCACUAUCUUUUGCACAAUGACUAAGUUACAUUAAAACCAUGUUAGUGCACAGACAAGUUCAAAAUAAUGGUAAAAUAUUGCUGAAUUUCUAAUAUGUAAGCUAAGUGUUGCUGAUAUUGUCAGAACUUAUGUUACAAAGUGAUGUAUCUCUGUGCUAGAAGUUUCUCAAAACGGAGGAAAGGUAAUAAGUAAGGAAGGAAAAAAGAGAAAGUGAAUUACAGUAAUUUCUAAAAAUUAAUACUUUGAAUUUCAGAAACAUAUUCAAACAUGACUACAAAUCUCAUUUUAAAGUAAAAUUUAGGAUAUGUGUGAAAUUAUUUAUAGCAUGACUUAUAAUUAGAAGAUGAAGGUACAUAUUUUGUCAACAAUUAUCUCUUCUUUCUUGCAGAUGAAAGUGUUCAUUAUUUUGGGAAUUUCAGCAGCUAUAGCCUUCACAGCUGUUUUCUUUUCUUGCCUUCAGAUAGGCAAAGAUAUCCUCUUUGAAGAAACUGAAGAUAACUGCAUUACUGAGGCUAUGCGGAAAGGCUCUAGUCUGGUGGACUAUGCUGCACAUUAUACACUGAAGAGAAAUAUCCAAGAAAGGGGAAUAGCAACUCCUGCCUUGCUGCUGGCUUUCUCCAAAUUUCCUGAAAAAGAGAGUCAAGAUAUUUCCCAAGCAGCUGAACAAAUGGAAAUGUCAAUUCAAGUGCUGAAAGAAAAAGUUUGCCAGAAGCACAAACGUUCAUUGCAUCCAACUGAUCUUUUGUCAGCUGAGCUGCUCACUAUGAUUGCUAACAUUUCUGGAUGUCUGCCUUAUAUGUUGCCACCAAAAUGUCCAAACAAUUGCUUGGCUAAUAAAUACCGACUCAUCACGGGUGCCUGCAAUAACAGAGAACAUCCUAGAUGGGGAGCAUCCAAUGUGGCCUUGGCUAGGUGGCUUCCACCAGCCUAUGAAGAUGGACUCAGCCAACCUCGAGGAUGGGAUCCCAGGAUCCGAUACAAUGGAGUCCAGCUACCCUUGGUUCGUGAAGUGACAAGAAAAAUUAUUCAUGCAUCUAAUGAGGCUGUUACUGAAGACAACCUGUAUUCUGAUAUUAUUAUGGUGUGGGGACAGUACAUAGACCAUGACAUUGCAUUCACACCGCAAAGCACAAGAAGAACCGCCUUCUUAACUGGAAAGGAGUGCCAGAUGACAUGUGAAAAACAAAAUCCAUGUUUUCCAAUAAAGGUGACCAACAAUGACACACUAACUGCAGGGAUGGAUUGCCUGCCCUUCUACCGCUCGUCUCCAGCGUGUGGCACUGGUGAUCAUACUAUUCUCUUUGGAAAUGUAUCAGCACUAAAUUCAAGACAACAGAUCAAUGGCUUGACCUCUUUCCUUGAUGCUUCUACUGUCUAUGGCAGUACACCUGCUGUUGAAAACAAACUGAGGAAUUUAACAAGCAAAGAAGGUCUUCUUAGAGUAAAUGUCAAAUAUUAUGACAACCAGCGGGAAUACCUGCCUUUUACAGACCAGAUCCCAUCACCUUGUGCACAGGACUCAAAUGCAAGUGGAGGUGAGAGAAUUGAAUGCUUUAUGGCUGGGGACAGCCGAUCCAGUGAGGUCACGUCUCUGGCAGCCAUGCACACGCUGUGGCUGAGGGAGCACAACCGCCUGGCCAGAGCCCUCAAAAACAUCAACAGCCACUGGACCGCUGAGACUGUCUACCAGGAAGCACGAAAAAUUGUUGGUGCUCUGCAUCAGAUUAUUACUUUAAGAGAUUACAUUCCCAAAAUCAUUGGCCCAGAUGCUUUUAAUCUGUAUAUUGGCCUUUAUACAGGUUAUGAUCCCACAGUGAAUCCUACAGUUUCUAAUGUGUUUUCGACAGCCGCUUUCCGUUUCGGUCAUGCAACAAUCCAACCAGUAGUAAGGCGAUUGAAUGCACAAUAUUUAGAUGAUCCAGAACUCCCAAAUCUUCAUUUGCAUGAAGUUUUCUUUAGUCCAUGGAGGCUCAUUAAAGAAGGUGGCUUGGAUCCUUUACUAAGGGGUCUUCUAGCACAUGCAGCAAAACUGCAGGUGCAAGAUCAACUGCUGAAUGAGGAGCUAACAGAAAAACUGUUUGUGUUGUCCAAUAAUGGUUCACUUGAUUUAGCAUCAUUAAAUAUACAGCGUGGCCGUGAUCAUGGACUCCCAGGUUAUAAUGACUGGCGAGAAUUUUGUAGUUUACCAAAACUGGAAACUCUAACUGACCUGAAUACAGUAAUAACCAAUCGUAAUGUCACUGAAAAAAUAAUGGAAUUGUACCAUAAUCCUAGCAAUCUUGACGUUUGGCUUGGUGGUCUGGUAGAAGACUUUCUUCCAGGUGCUAGAAUCGGUCCCCUGUUUGCAUGUAUAAUUGGAAAGCAAAUGAAAGCACUACGGGAUGGUGACAGAUUUUGGUGGGAAAACGAUCAUGUUUUCACAGAAGCUCAAAAGCAUGAACUCAAAAAACACUCAUUGUCCCGCGUGAUUUGUGACAAUACAGGAAUUUCUGAAGUGCCAGCAGAUGCCUUUCAACUUGGGAAGUUUCCACAGGAUUUUAAGCAUUGUGACACUAUACCUGGAAUGAAUUUAGAAGCUUGGCAAGAAUUCUAUCAGGAAGAGGAAGUAUGUGGAACACCAAGGAGUGUGGAAAAUGGUGAUUUUGUAUACUGUUCAGAAUUUGGAAAAUCUACAGUGAUUUAUUCAUGUCAAUAUGGAUUUCAGUUACAAGGAGAAGAGCAAUUAACCUGCACAAGUAAAGGAUGGAACUUUGAGGCUCCCCUUUGUAUAGACAUCAAUGAAUGUGAAAAUGAAAUUAAUCCACCAUGCUCUCCUUCUGCUAAAUGCAUUAACACUAAAGGCAGCUACAAAUGUCUUACUGAUCCUUAUAAGCCGGUGGAAGAUGGAAGAAAAUGUGUUGGUAAUGCCUGUGAAGCUACUGUCCAUUAAAACUUUCUCUUCUCUAUUUGACAAUGCUGUAAAAAUCAUAAAAUUGACAUUUAUUGAAGAGCUGUUAAUGUGUAAAAAACCACUACACAGUCAUAGACAUAAACAUACAGCCAAAUUAUGUAAAGUAAAUGAAAGUAUUGAAUAAAUAAUACAGACACAGAAGUAAGCCUUUCCUUUUUCAUUCCUACCAUAUAUAAACCACUAAAUAUUUCCUGACUGAAUAUGAAGGGGGAUCAAGUCUGUUUCAGUUUUGCCUAGCUCAUGUCUAAAUUCAGCAUCUGAACCUUAACCAAGUUCCACCUAUUACAUUUCAAAAGUGUUAACUCUUUUAGGGCUAUCAUAAAUUAUGCAUUUUCUUGUUUUUCAACUUUUCAACAUAGGUGGAAGCUGUAUUGGGUCUUAAGGUUUAAGAGGAGUGUGAGUGUAGUUUCCCACUAAUGCUGAACAAUACCUGCUCUGAAGAACGGGCACCUAGAUCUGUCAAAAGCUCCUUGAAAGCCUGC